CUCUAGCUCAGCCCUCUCUCCCUUUUGACAUUUGGAGCAAAGUCAAACGAAACAAUAGGGAAGGGAAGACAAGGCCCUUUUGACAAGUGCGUGCGUGCGUGCGUGCAUAGAGCCCCGCCCCCGUAUACAAUUACACAAUACAACAAUGGAGAGUGGCUGAUCAUUUCAAAUCCGGACGCGAUCUUCUCCUCUCUUAUCCCCUGCGCUUGCUGCUGCGAAGCGCGCGCCGUGCCCACCACUUGCCUUUGACUUUACAGGGAUCGAGUCAUCGCCCUCGUGCCACUCCUCUCGCUCCUCCUGGACGACCUCGAAUCAUCCACCCAGAGGCCAGAGUCCGUCCGUCCUCCCAGCAUACUACGCGUCUACUACACCAUGUAGCAGUGGUACAGGCGUACGCGUAUAUAUUUGCCCGGACCGGCCUGCCAGUGCUCAAAGUCAACCCUAUCCCGCGCCGGCCAGAACCCAGCCGUCCUCCUCCUCCUCUCUACCUCUCGACCUAGCUAGAUCACUUCGUCAAACCUCUCCAAGCUCAAAUCCCUGCUCGCCGUUCAUGUGCGGCCUGCUUCUGCGCAUGGAGCACCUCAACGACUGGGACCUGCAGGCCGUCGUCAGGAGCUGCACCACCUUCUCCUCCCACCCCCAGGACCGCGCGGGUCCUUCUCCGUCUCCGGCGCCGGUGCCGGAGACGACGGUCAAGCGGGAACCACGCGGCGACGUGCUCCGGCCUGCAUCCGCGGCCAAGGACGCGCCGUCGCUCUACGGCCUCGAGUACCUGGACUUGGAUCACAAGCCCUUCUUGCUGUCGGCACCGUCGCCGCAGUCGUGGGCGGCAGUGGAUGACCGCCAUGAGAUGAUGAUCUCUUUCCCCGCGGCCGCGUCCACGUCCGGCGUGCGCCCGCGGGUGCCGCCUGGCCGGAAGCCCGGCAUACGAACCACCACCCCGCGCCCGAAAAGAAGCAAGAAGAGCCAGCUGAAGAAGGAGGUGCGCGAGGUGCCAGUGGCCGACGGCGGCGUCUCCUCCGACCUUUGGGCGUGGCGCAAGUACGGUCAAAAGCCCAUCAAGGGCUCGCCUUAUCCCCGGGGAUACUACAAGUGUAGCAGCAUGAAGGGAUGCAUGGCCCGGAAACUGGUGGAGCGCAGCCCGGCCAAGCCCGGUGUGCUCGUCAUCACCUACAUGGCCGAGCACUGCCACCCGGUGCCGACGCAGAUCAACGCGCUCGCCGGCACCACCCGCCACAAGUCCACCCCUGCCGAGGACCACGUGACGACGACGACCACCUCGCCCAAGAGACACGGCAAUGCCCACGAGCCGGUGAGGUGCGAGGAUGAAAGCAACGAGACGUCGUCCAUGGCGGUGGACGGUACCACUGAAGAUGCGGCGGUGGAUGACGGCAGCGACUUCUGGCCGACGGAGCUUGACCUGGACGAGUUGUUGGCGCCCGUGGAUGGCGACCUGGAUCACGUCUUCGACGAGGAUGGCGCCCUGGGACGACGGCUCUCGCUAUAGCUGGAGAGGAAAUUUGUAGCUAUAACCUAUAGGCACCACCGAUUGACAACUUUUUUGCCCCUUUGUUCACACCUUUUUUUUUUUUUUGAGGGAACCCUUUGUUCACCUAUUUGCGAAGGAGGGGUCACGCAGCAGGCAAGCAGCCAUGUAUAUGCGUUUGAUGUGCGUUUUGUGCUUGAUCCCACUCAACAAAAUUGAUGAAGAUUUCUUAUGUAGCUCCAGUCAACGGCUGCCUACUGACCAGUAGUCUUGUAUACAUGGAAUUGUAGUUCAUCAAGGGCUGAGCAUUUGACCACGACAAAUCAAUAAGAACUAGCCAACCUUCCUGAAUCAAACGGAAGGUCUCGGUAAAUCGUGCUCCGCUACUACAAUAGUGAUUCCGCUCUUUUCGCCCGUAAUGAAAUUCACUUACUAACUUCUAAUUUUCCGAGACAAUCAGAUUACAUAAAAUUUGAAGAUUGAUGUGAUCAAACUGAUCAAACAAGAAUGAAGAGUUAAAUUUAAAAAAAAGCACAGAUUUCAGACAAAAAAUAGCACCGUUCCACAGUUGAUAGUCUUGCCACCAGUUACAACGGACGUUUUGCACUUCCAUACCACAGAUGCACAGGUAUGGGCUUACUCCAUUACCAACUGUAGCUCGCAAAACUAGGAUAAGUACUUAAAAGCUAACCUGCCACGCAAACAGCUUACAAAUACGGAAACAGAAUGAAGACA